AUGAACAAGCUGCUCGCGGUGACGUUACUGUCUUUCGUGGUCGGUGCGCUGGCCAACUACCCACCUCCGCCCAAGUACGAGGCACCCCAGAAAUACGGCGGAGGUGGUGGAGGAUACGGGGCUCCUCAGGUGCACACAUACGAGGCGAAAGCCCCCACGGUGAAGUGUGGAUCUAGUUUGCUGGUUGGAUGUGCACCCAGCAUCUCCAAGGUGCCCUGCAUCCCGGAGAAAGGCGGAUACGGUGGUGAGAAGGGUGGAUACGGUGGCGGAAAGGGUGGAUACGGUGGCGGUGGAAAAGGCGGAUAUCGGUCUCACAUGGAUCACGAAGAAUCGAUGGAUCAGUUUGAGGAGUAG